CGUGUGCCUGUACCGUGCGAAGCCCCGGCGUCGGGAGGCUUCCACCUGCAGCCAUUUGUCAAAGGCGUCGGCGGCCAGGGCGACGGAACGGGAGAGCGGCGACCGCAGCCAAGCGCCUCGCUCUGCCCAGGGAGACGCACCAAUGAGCGGCGACGCCAGCUGCGAAGGCGGGAUGGAGGAGGCUGAAACUAGCAACCAACGAGAAACAUUGCAGAGAAAGAAGAAUGCAAUCUUAGUGGAUGGUGUAAUUUUAAAUGGCCCAGUAACAGACUCCAAGGCAGGAGAAAAAUUUGUGGAGGAGGCCAGUAAGAUAAUCAUGGAAGAGGUGAUCAAGAAAGCCACUGAUGUAACAGAAAAGGUGUGUGAAUGGCAGCCUCCUGAAAAACUAAAAGCACUACUUGAUCUGGAUUUGAAAGACACUGGAGAGACCCAUCAGAGACUCUUACAGCUUUGUCAGGAUGUUAUACGAUUCAGCGUCAAAACCAAUCAUCCAAGAUUUUUUAAUCAGUUGUAUGCUGGUAUUGAUUACUACUCUUUAGUGGCGCGUUUCAUUACAGAAGCAUUAAAUCCAAGCGUGUACACCUAUGAAGUAUCGCCAGUGUUUUUGUUAGUGGAAGAAGCAGUCCUAAAGAAAAUGAUUGAAUUUAUAGGGUGGGAAGAAGGUGAUGGCAUAUUUAAUCCAGGUGGCUCUGUUUCUAAUAUGUAUGCUAUGAACUUGGCUAGAUACAAAUACUGUCCUGACAUAAAGGAAAAGGGACUUUCAGGGAUGCCCCGACUGGUGCUGUUCACAUCAGAAGAGUGUCAUUACUCCGUGAAGAAGGCAGCAUCUUUCCUGGGAAUUGGCACACAAAAUGUUUACUUCAUCAAAAGUGAUGAAAGAGGUAAGAUGAUACCUGAGGAACUGGAGAAACAAGUCCAGCGGGCCAGGAAAGAGGGAGCUGUACCAUUUUUUGUCAGUGCCACAUCUGGCACCACAGUAUUGGGAGCGUUUGAUCCUCUGGAUGAAAUAGCUGAGAUUUGUGAAAGACAUGACCUUUGGCUGCAUGUGGACGCAUCCUGGGGAGGCUCAGCACUGCUGUCAAGGAAACAUCGCAAGCUUUUGCACGGUGUCCACAGGGCCAAUUCUGUGGCAUGGAAUCCUCAUAAGAUGCUUAUGGCAGGGAUCCAGUGUUGUGCUCUUUUGGUGAAAGACAGUUCUGGCCUGCUUAAGAGAUGCUACUCUGCCAAGGCUUCAUACCUUUUCCAGCAAGACAAGUUCUAUGAUGUCAACUAUGACACAGGAGACAAAUCUAUCCAGUGUAGCAGAAGAGCAGAUGCCUUCAAAUUCUGGAUGACAUGGAAAGCACUAGGAACAACUGGUCUGGAGGAGAGAGUAAAUCGAGCCCUUGCUCUCACCAGAUAUCUAGUGGAUGAAAUUAAGAAGAGAGAUGGGUUCCAACUGCUGUUGGAGCCAGAAUAUGCCAAUAUUUGUUUCUGGUACAUUCCACCUCGCUUGAGAAACAAGGAGAAAGGACCUGAAUUUUGGAAGCAGCUCCAUCAAGUUGCACCCAUUGUUAAAGAGAGGAUGAUGAAAAAAGGCAGUAUGAUGCUGGGAUACCAACCUCAUCAUGACAAAGUAAACUUCUUUCGCCAGGUCAUUAUCAGCCCCCAGGUGAGCCGUGAGGACAUGGACUUCCUGCUUGAUGAGAUAAACUUACUUGGCCAAGACUUGUAGCUGGUAUUCCACAACACAAGAGAUCCCUUGUGUUUGUGUGUGUGUGGGGGGUAGAGUUUACAGAUUAAGAAUGCAUGAAGGCUAAUGGUACUAGACCAUGGAACCCAUAGAUCAAUGCUUAAGUAACCCAAAAACACAGUCCAAAACAAUGUUUGGGGAAAGGGACAGCAGGGGAAGGGAUUCUUUUGAAAUAAAUAUUCUGUGUUCAAUGUUGGCAGGUAUUAAGUUGAUAAUUGAUGCUAAGAUGGGCCAAAUUUUAACCAACAACAAAUUGUUACAAGGUAUUUGAAGUCAGUGUGGUUCCCAUUGUGUAAUAUUUCAGCCUAAGCUUGGGUAAAUGAGUAUUUUUAAAACGCUAAUGUGGUGCAGGCUAAAAUGUAGAAAUUUAAAGUCAGCGGGGCAGUACAACAGUUGGUUGACUGAGGUAUUCCCUUGUCUACCCACUUUUCUUCAAAAACACCAGUAAUUUUUUUGGAGAUCAAAAUGUUGCAAUUUAUUCAUAAGCCUUUUUUUGAUUUUUUGAAAAAUAUAAUUUAAUUCAGAUUAAAUCUAUAUUGUUAAUGCAUAAGCAAGGUAUUUCUUAAGCAUUUUAGAAAUAUUCAAGCUUAAAAUGACAUGUGUGUAUAUAUAUACAUUUAUAUAUAUAUUUCUCAUAGAGUUGUAUUUUUUUAAUACUGUAUGGCUAUUUAAAUUGUUACAAUUAUUCAACCAAUGAUGUGUUUCAAAAUAUGUAAAAACUAUCACAUUUCACAGGAGCUGCAUGUAUCUUUAGGAGAUGGUCUGGUAAUAAUGUGUGUAAUAAAUUGAAAUUUGCUCAUAAUAUUCAAAUAGAGACAUAACUUAUAAGGCAACUAAAUAUUUUUGUGAAGCUAAGACCAUAAUGGAUUUAACCUGUUUAAUUUUACUGAAAAAAGAUUCAGGUGGGUAGCUGUGUUGCUCUGAAGUAACAGAACAAAGUUUGAAUCCAGUGACACCUUUAAGACCAAAAAAGUUUAAUUCAAGAUAUAAGCUUUUAUGUGCAUGCAGAAUUAAACCUUGUUGGACUUAAAGGUACCACUGGACUCAAACUUCGUUAUUUUAUUGAUGUUAUGAUCUGUUUUAGAAAAUAAAUUUGUUGUUCAUGAUCUUUCAUUACUGUAAGUGGAACUUCUAUUCUAUCUGUACACUGAAUUUGGAAGUUAAAUUUGUGACAUGGUGUAAUACUAGAGCUCUCUCU